CCAUUUUUGGGGGGAUUUUUUGUACCAGCUGUAACCAAAACUGUGUCUUUUUUGCUAAUUCACUUGACUUUCCUACACGUCAAAAUAAGCAGGGCAUUUAAACUGGUAACCGAAUGACGAUUCACCUCCAAUAAAACAGCUUCUGCCGGAUACCAUCGAUUACUAAAACUCCCAGAAUGCAUUUCGGUUUCAAGAUGGCAGCCUCCAUGCGACAAUAUUUGUUGUGUUUUGCUCACGAACAUGUGGAGUUUAGAUUGGCAGAACUGCGAGCCAUUACUUCCAUAUUUGGUAUCAAAGCGGAACUAAAUGACCCUGAAUAUGAUCAGUCGAAUCCGUUUCUGCUUCUUCGGUUGCCGUCGGAUUCUUGCGCAGACAAGAUCAUGGCACGAACAAUGCUGGGUCGGUUCAUGAUUGAGGUGUGGGGCCAGGGAAACUCUUGGACGGAUCUCCGCCAGUCACUCAAACUGUACCCCGAGGAUAAAAAGGCACCAUACAACGUCAAUGCGGAUAUGAGCUUCUGUUUCAGGAUGCGGACGCUCGGGAAGAAACUAGGAAUGGUGGAAAAGUUGGCCAUCAUUGAGGACUUGGCCGAGUUUUUGGACUUCAAAGGGAAAGUGGAUCUGAAGAACCCGGAACAGGUGUUCCAUAUCUAUGCAGACUAUGGACUGACGCCCAAUAAAAUACCAGAGCAGCCAUACAAAGUCUAUUUUGGCCGUUUGAUUGCCGAGGGCCAGCGACAAUUAGAACAGCUCUACUCAGUCAAGAAGCGGCACUUCAUCGGCAACACCAGCAUGGACGCGACGCUCUCCCUCCUCAUGGCCAAUCAGGCUCAGCUCCGGCCGGGCCUGGUGACCUUCGACCCCUUUGUGGGCACGGGGAGUCUCCUGGUGGGCUCCGCCCACUUUGGUAGCUAUGUGAUGGGUGGGGACAUCAAUAUUAACAUCAUCCAUGGGCGGGGAAAGACCAGUCGAAAAGGAGCCGCACAAUACAGAGGGAAGGAUGAGAAUAUUCGAGCCAACUUGAGACAGUACGGCUUGGAGCAUCUUUACCUUGACGUCCUUGUCUCUGACUUCUCUUGCCAAGUCUGGAGGGAGCAGCCGGUCUUCGAUGCCAUCAUCACUGAUCCACCAUAUGGAAUUCGAGAGUCGACCAGAAAGAUCGGAAGCACCAAGGAACCAACAGUAAAUGAGGAUCAGGCAGCUCAGCACAUUCCAUCCAAGACGAACUAUCAUCUCUCGGAUAUCUUCACAGAUUUGCUCAAUUUCUCGGCGCGGUUUCUGCGACUUCACGGCAGACUUGUCUACUGGCUUCCUGUCUGUCGACCAGAAUACACUGAAGAUCAGGUACCCCGUCACCCUUGCCUAUCUCUAGUGGCUAACAGUGAGCAACCACUGAGCACCACCAUAGGCAGACGACUCAUUACCAUGGAGAAGACGCGGCAUAUAGAGGAUCUUAUGGAUGAUGCGGCAGAGGCUGAAAUUCGGGACAGCUUUUACCAAGAACACAACGCCAUCCGGGAAAAAGUGUUCGGGAAACACGUCAGGGAGCAAAAGAUGAAACUCAUGAAUAAAUCAGAGCCUAGGUGACCAAUCAGAAAUCAAGGAUGUAGGGUACCAGUGGCUUGCAUACAGCUGCAUGGGUGUUAAUAACAGAAAGCAGAUCUCAGUUUUUGAGUGGGCUUUUGUUCAAUUGAAUCGAUUCCUGCCUUUGUCAUUUUUAAGCGAUGUACCACAUCAUCAAAAUGUUGACAUGUAUGAUUUUCAAAAUGUCACUUUUCAGAUCUGAGUGAAUUAUGGCAAAAAGAACAUAUUUGCUAUUUUACGCUCCCUCCCCCAAUUUUAAACAAAAUAACAAUCCGAUUCUUUUGUCCAUUGAUAAUACCAAAAGUCAUUUAAUCCUCAACCUUUGAUACAUAUAUGCAACCUGUGCACAAUACAUGUCCAUAAAAAUAUUUUCUAACGUUACUACCCUACACUCGAUGUACUGGAUUUCCAAUAUGUUUGACAGUAUUGUGCGUAUUACUAUUGUGAUCUUCUCUCUGAAUAAAAGAAAAAUCAAAUAAUUUCAAAAAAA